UUCGGUGACACCGCAGCGUCCGACAGUGAAACAGGUCCGACCAGAAACCGUCAGCGAGCCGACAGUCUAACAGUUAGCAUCCUGUCUCAGUCCGGACCCGGUCCCGGUCCCUGACCCGGUCUGACCCGGUCCUAGCAGCAUGCAAGCGGAGUUCCGGGCUCCCCGCAGACGGACCCGGGUUCAGGAGGAGUACGAGGCUCCGCUGCCGGUGAGCCGCAUUCCGGAGGACUGGACCCCCUUCAGGGCUCAGCUCCUCAACCAGCACGUGCUAGUCUGUCAUCCGGACCACAUCCAGAAGAUCCACAACCAGGGUUAUUUCGGUAAAGGCAUCCUGUCCAGAGCCAGACCGGACCACAGCGUCUCUGACCAAUGGGAGCACUGGUCCAAUCAGAGCCGUUCUCUGCAGCUGAUCUCGGUUUCUGUUACAGAACACGAAGGUUUGUUUCUACCCACCAUCUCACAGUGCAGGUAUGAGGAGCUGCUCAGGUGGGCGGGGUCAGCUCUCUUUGCUCAAGGAUUGGAUAAAGAAGCUGUCAAUCAAACCCUCCUCGGACUUUCUCAGCCAAUGGGGAUGGAGGACGUGAGGAGGGAGAUGGGAGGGGAGGAGCCUGGAGUAGAGGGCGGAGUCAGUCCCCACACAAAGAGGCUACGACUGGGGUCAGCGGUCGAGGGCGGAGUCAGUCCCCACACAGAGAGGCUGCGACCAAGGUCAGAGGUCGAGGGCGGAGUCAGUCCCCACACAGAGAGGCUGCAGCCGGGGUCAGAGGUCAAGCUGGAGGCCAAGAGAAGCUGCAGGUUGGACCUGAACCCUGACACCAACCUUGAUCCCAGCUCAGACCAGGACUCUGACCCUGGUCCAGAUCCUGACCCUUGGGCGCCGGGUCCUGGUUUUGUCCUGGUGGUCUCUGACAGUGAGGUCUGUGGGAGGAUCAGGGAGGUCCGACGGACUCCAGUGUCUCUUAAUGAGUAUCUGCAGCUCAGUCUGGAGGAGGCCUUCUUCCUGGUCUACAGUCUGGGCUGCCUGUCUGUCUACCUGCAUCAGGAGCCCCUGUCAAUCAUCCAGCUGUGGAGGAAGUUCCGGUCUCUGCGGCCCGACUUCGUCAGUUCGUUCGCAGCCUACCAGCACUUCCGGAGUCGGGGCUGGGUCCCUAAAGGGGGGGGCGGGGCCAAGUACGGCGUCGACCUCAUGUUGUACAGGAAGGGCCCGCCCUUUUACCAUGCCAGUUAUUCUGUGGUAAUUGAGCGGGCUGAUGAUGCGUUCAGGGGCUCUGGGUUGCGUCCGUUUUCGUGGCGUUCUCUGGCGGCUCUCAGCAGGAUCACAUCCAACGUGUCCAAGGAGCUGAUGCUGUGUUACAUCAUCUAUCCAGCCGACCUAUCAGAGGCUGAGCUGGACUCACCUGUGUGUCUGAGCAGACUGAAGGUUCAGGAAGUGAUCGUCAGCAGGUGGGUUUCCUCCAGAGAACGAGCGGAGCAGGACGACAUCUGAUUGGCCGACAGGAGACUUGAGAAACUGAUGAGGUCAUAAAGAGACUGAUGACAUCAUUCAAAACUGGAACAGAGAAUAAAUAAUAUUUUCUGACUGAAAGCUCAGAUGUCUGAGUGUCCCUGAAGGCAGCGAUCGGUCAGAGAGAUCAUUAACACUCAGCUGAUACAGGAAGUAGCAGUGUAUAAUCAAUAAUCAAUAAUUAAUAAAUAUUUAGAACUUCACUCAGCACUGAAA